UCAAAUGUCAUCACACCGAAUUAUGUUGAAUCAGUGAACUACUGCCGAAUUCGAAUGUUGUUGCCUGAGAGUUGUUGCUAAUCGUAAAGUAAAGCUAAUUUGAACGUAUCAACAAUAAUGAGCGUUGAAGUUGUAUUAUUUCUUUUUAGCCCCAGUGAAAACCCAAACGAUUACUGUCGACUGUGUUUCUCUGAUCGAAACUUGGUCACUCUUCUUCAUUGCGAUGCAGAACAGCGACAAAAUUUAUUGGACGAAAUUUUCAACUGCACUGGAAUCAAGAUCGAAGUAGAUGAGAGUCAACCUUGUUCUAUCUGCUGGAGGUGUGCUGUGGCUGUUGAAGACUAUCAGUUGUUCCGGAAACGCUGUUUGGCAAACGAUGUCAUUAUCCGAAAUAGCUGCUCAAAGGCAACCUUCAUAAUUGAGCAUUGCAAAGAUGAACCGCUUGAGGAAAUGAUAGAAUCGAAUCAUCAGUCGAAUAUGAUCGAGGAGAAGAGUGUAGACAAAACAUUGUUGGAACCAAUGGAAGGAUGUUCAAAUCUUAUCAAUGAGAAAUCGAGUAAAAAGGUGGUUAGAAAGAAAAGAGUACUCCAGUCUGCAGAAUCAACUACAUGUCACUUGUGUAAGCACGAAUUUAGUUCGCGACAAUCGUUGAAUGCGCAUCAUAAAGAACAACAUUCUGAGCGUGGUCGUCCUCAUAAGUGCAAUAUGUGCGAAGCUACCUUCAAACGAAAGAGCCAUUUAGAAGAUCAUGUGUCUUCUCAUACUGGAGAGAUAAGGUUUACGUGUAAGGACUGUGGAAUGGGAUACGCCAAUGCAAAAUCGCUUACUCGUCACCGGAGAACAUUCCACCAGGAACUUCCCGCAAAAAGAAAACCAGCAAAUCGUCAGCCAAUUUCAACGGAUGGUGACUAUAAAUGCUCAUAUUGUCCAAAAACUUUCAAACACCGGCCAUCGCUGAAUUUCCACAUCAAAACGCACAGUGAAUUGUUGGAAUUCGUUUGUCUACUGUGCGAUAUUCGGUUUGCGACAAAGCAAGGAAUGUUAGUUCACAGAGGCAAGCACCAUUCGAGUCCGGCCGAUUCACAAAAAUCGUUGUCUCCGUUUUUUUUGGAACCAAAGAAAAAGUUAUCAUGCAAAUUAUGCAAUCGGUUUUUCGACCAGCGCCAUUAUUUGACACAGCAUCAGAAAUAUAUGCAUCCUAACGAGUUCGCUGGGGCAAACCAGAAGAAUGGAGAAGAUCUGCCAGUAUUGCACGAGGAGACUGAGGGACAGGAUGAUGUUGAUGAUGGGGCAACGGAAAUUGCAAUUAAAUUUGAAGCUGAAGACCAUGGUUUUUUGUAUGACAACUCUUACAAUGAAAAUGAAUCCAAUAUGUCCUAAUACUGUUCUUACCGGAAAUAAGCAACGUGAUAAUGAAAAAUAAAGAAUUUCCAUUAGAAAAA